AUGGCUCAGCGAUGGUUCCACAAUCUGAGAAGUAACUCUGUACAAUCCUACGACGAUCUUCAUCUCAUGUUCAUGAGACAGUUUGCCAGCGCAAAGAGGGUAGGGAAAACGCCCAUUUCUUUGAUGGACAUCAGACAGGAAUCACAGGAAACGCUCCGCGAAUACGUGGCACGGUUCAACACAAUCGCGUUAGAUAUACCAGAAGCUGAAUCUCAGAUUAAAUGGUACGCCUUUGCUAGAGGGUUAAAGCAAGGCCCACUCUUCGAGGCGCUCCAGAUCAAGCCGCCUACCAGUUUCGAAGACAUCAUGACAAUAAUACCAGGAUAUCUUCAGCUAGAAGAUGCUAAACUGGCAAGGAAAGCGGAGGCCGAUAAACUCAAGCCUAAGAAGCAGGACAGCGCAGACACUGGAGAAAAAUACAUCACGCGGAAUCCCUACCGAGGUUUACCUCCAAGAACAAUGGUUGUGGAGGUCGGAACAGGUCCGUUGAUUACGGCGCAGGCAGAGAGGAGAGAGGAGCGUAGUGGUUACCGAGAUGAUUUGCAAAAUCCGACCCAAUGGAAUCGUCACGUCGAUGAGAUUUUCCAUCAGAUUAAGGGAGAGAAUUAUUUCCGAGCCCCAAAAAAUUACCAACCCGGAGCCCCAACCCCGGGCAAGAACAAUUUGUUAUGUGAAUAUCACAAUCGUUACGGUCAUCUCACCCGCGAAUGUGGACAUCUGAAGCAUCAGCUAGAAAUCUUGGUAAGGAAAGGGUUCCUGGACCGAUACAUAGAAAGACCACGAGGCACAUACAAAGAACAUCGCUAUGAUGAACAUAGGCAAGACAGAGAUGACGAGCGGCGCAGGCGGGAUGACACCCGUCGCGGCCACGAUGACAGGGAAAGGAGGGAUAGAUAUGAGGAGAGAAGAGAAAGAAGAGAUCAUAGACGAGACAGCCAGGAUAGACACAACCCCGCAAAUCAUGUUCAAUAUGACAGAGAAGUGCACAUGAUCACAGGAGAAAACAACAUACCAACAUCUAACAGGGCCAAGAAGCAACUAGCCCGCACAGUCAGAUCUGGAUACUACGACCAAUCUGUCAUGACAGUCAACACCGCGUCUAAUGAACCAACAAUAUCUUUUGGACCAAAGGAUGCUAGGCCCCUGUUUUAUCCUCAUGACGAUGCCUUGGUAUUUUCCGCCAACGUGGCUAACAUGCUGGUGCAUCGCAUCUUUGUCGAUUCAGGCAGCGCCGUCAACAUCUUAUACCUGGCAUGCUGGCAGGCAAUGGGUCUGGAGGCUAAGUUAGAGCCGAAUGUGGCUCCUCUUUAUGGGUUUUCAGGGGAAUCAGUCCUACCGGUGGGAACAAUCGAACUGCCGAUGACGAUAGGGCGAUCAGGAGGAAAAAAGACUCGCAUGGUCAAGUUCUUGGUCAUUGAUGCACCAAAGCCCUCUUACAACAUGAUCCUUGGGAGACCAGCCCUGAACUCUUUCAAAGCAAUCAUUUCUACCCUUUACCUGAAGAUGAAGUUCCCCUUGGAAGAAGGCCAAAUUGGCGAAGUGUGGGGAGAUCAAGCUGUGUCGAAGAAAUGCCAUGUACAAGUAUUAACUCAAUACUCGGGACAAAAACGAGAAAGGUUCGUACACCAAACAGAGACAAGCAAAAAGGGGAAAACUGGAACGGUUACGGCUUCAGAGCCCGAGCGGAGAGAGAUUGCAGAGCUGUAA